AUGUUACAGUACGAGUCGGAAGUCCCCACCAAAAACGGAACCACUCCCCCCACCACCACCCCACUGAAAAUCAAAACCAAGCAUUCUCACAACACUCUGGUCUGGUUUAUUGAACGUGAGAAUUGACAGGUCAUGGCACAGAUAGGUUUUCUGAAAGGACUAGGCUAGGCUAAUCUCUCCUCUCCCCAUCCUCUUCUCUCAUAGGGAAGAAGAAGAACCCAGGUCUCAAGCUCUCCAAAGAGGUCUUUGAGCAGCCCCCACCUGCACCCCCAGUGUAAGGCUUCUUCUGUCAUUGGUUGGCUGGAUUCCAGGUUGUCUUUUUCGUGGUCACGCUGUGCAUUUCAGAUGAUUGCUAUAUCAUAUUAAUGUGGUUCCUGAGAUGGUCGGCUAAACACUAUUGUGAGAUCUCAUCAUCUGUGCAGCACGACUCCAAAAAAAGAUGCCCUGGAAAUUCGCUGUGUGUGUCUGUGUCACAAACGUCAUGAUGACCUCUGUGCAGAUUAUGUAUUUUGUUUUAAUUUCUUAAUAAUGGUGAAGAAAACCACUGAUGCCAGAGAGAAACUAACAAAAGAAACAGGGAGAGUGUGCUGAAGAGGUAGUUGUACUGUAAUAGACGAUGAGGUUAUGGUUUUAGUUUCAUAUGCAGAUGUCAUUACCUGAAUCUCCUCUCACAAAAAGCCUAAACUAUACGACCCAGGAUUUAAAUGGCAUCUUGUGAAAGUACAGUGACACAGUGUGAUGUUCAAUAAGAGCAUUAGUCGUUUCUGUUAACACUUUGAUAUCGAUGUCACAUUUUAAACGAAUGCAUGGUGUUAAUCCCACUACCUAUCCUCUCUCCUCAGCCCCCCUCGAGAUCUGGAUUCGAAAGCCUGUGUUACCAUUGGAGAGAAGGUAAGGAAGGGAAGAACGUGAUGUUCAGGCUGUAGUACUUCAGUUUCUAUCACCUUUGUGGUUUUACCUGGGUCAUGUUCAUUAGAAACCAAUCGGACGAAAAUGGACUGAAACAGGAAGGGACUACCUGGGGUAUAUUCAUUACGCCGAUUCUGUUGGAAAACGUUUCUUAAACGGAAUGAAACGGGGACAGACCUUUCUGAAUCUGUCCAAUAGAAACUCAUGUUUUAGUUACAAUUUUCUCAACUGUUUGGACUAAUGAUUACACCCCUGGGCUUGUCCUAUAAGAAGCGCUUAUUUUUGUUUUUUGAUGCUAAGGUUUUUGAAAACGUUUUCUUUUGCAUGCCCUAAUAAACACGACCCUAGCGUUUUCUCUAAUGCAUUUACUGGUUGACUUUGAUGUGACUGAUAGACUUCUCUCACGCUGUGCAUCUCAGAACAACAUGACGAUGACCUCUGUGCAGAUGAUGUAUUUGUUUUAAUUUCUGAAUAAUCCUGAUGAAAGAAACCACUGAUGCCAGAGAGAAACUAACCAAAACAAAAAAAUAGGGAGAGUGUGCUGAAGCGGUAGUUGUACUGUAAUAGACGAUGAGGUUAUGGUUUUGGUGUCAAAAUGCUGAUGUCAUUACCUGACUCAUCUGACAGAAAUCCUAAACUAUACCACCCAGCCUUACCUGGACUUGUCCAAUAAGAAACGCUUAUUUUUUGUUUUCUGUUGUCCUAAUGAACACGACUCUGGGGUUUUCUCUAAUGCAUGUAUUGGUUGACCUUGAUGUGGUUGGCUGAUAGACUUCUCUCUCCACUGUUUCUCUCCUUCUGGCCAGAACUUUGUUAUGAAGGCAGAUGACUUGGAGCAGAUCGGGGAGCUUGGGAGGGGAGCGUAUGGCGUGGUGGACAAGAUGAGACAUGUGCCCAGUGGCCUUAUCAUGGCCGUCAAGGUGGGUGGAGUGCUCCAGGGUGCAUGUUUAGUGCGCAAAUGUUGUGUAACGUUGCAGAUAGAAAUGCUAUGAAUAGAGACAACACGGUUCCUUGUUCUACAUGUCAGAGGCAUGUUUGUUCUACAUAGCAUGUUUCUAUCUGAAUGUUCCAAAAUGUUGUAUUCUGCUGAACGCACGUGGUCCCAGUCCUCAAAAGUCAACAGGCAUUUUAGAUUUGUAUAUCUGAGAUGUUUAUUAGAUAUUUGUGUGCGUGUCACAUAUAAAGACAAACCACACAGCUCUAUCUCGGCGUCAACACUCCUGACCAACAAAGACCUCUGUGCAGAUGAUGCAUUUGUUUUAAUUUCUGAAUAAUCCUGAUGAAAGAAACCACUGAUGCCAGAGAGAAACUAACCAGGGAGAAUGUGCUGAAGAGGUAGUUUAACAGUAAUAGAUGACUGUAAGGUUAUGGUUUUGGUGUCGUAUGCAGAUGUCAUACCAAAUUCAACGUUUAUUUACACUGGGAAGUCGUACUCUUUAACAAGUGAGCCCUGAACUAUAUUCAAAAUACACACAUUAAAUACAUACAUUAUGGAAGAGCUAAUUGGUGUUCCUGUGAGUCUUCCAUUCAAAUUGCCGUGGUCUGAGCUGAGGGGCUUUGUUCCUUCUAGUGAUUGUAUUUCUGUGGCUAGUCCUGAUGGUCCGUGUCCUCCCUCCCUCCCCAGAGGAUCCGGGCCACAGUGAACACCCUGGAGCAGAAGAGACUGCUGAUGGACCUGGACAUCUCCAUGAGGACCGUGGACUGCUUCUUCACGGUCACCUUCUACGGCGCUCUCUUCAGAGAGGUCAGCUCUCUGUAGCACAUAUACUGGGUUUACCUGAACACUGUCACUCAGCACCACAUCUGUAGCACAUAGACUGGGUUUACCUGAACACUGUCACUCAGCACCACAUCUGUAGCACAUAGACUGGGUUUACCUGAACACUGUCACUCAGCACCACAUCUGUAGCACAUAGACUGGGUUUGCAGAGGCAGCCCAACUAUUACAUUUUGCCAAUUUAUUGGCAAAAGAUCUGAUUGGUCAAAAGACCAAUUAUUGGCAAAAGAUCAGAAUUGGGCUACUUGUGUAAACGCAGCCAUAGACUGGGCACCGUCAAAUUAACUCUUGUUCAGUUUGUUGUCAAACUACGAUGAGGAGUUAUCUGGACUUCAUCUUAAUUGGUAAAACAAAUCUGUCCUCGUCUCAUUCCCUUCAUCAACUGGUUAGAAAAUACUUAACAGGUUGUUAUGUUCCCCAGCAAGAAAACCAAAAAUUGUCACUCAAACGGGAACUAACAGAGUCACUGAUAACAACCAAAAGGAAACAGGUGGGGUUUUAAGAGGGGUUCUAAAAGACACUCAUGAUGUCCACUGAAAGUUGACUAGCAACAACAACUGGGACCUAAGACAUCCAUCAUGAGCGGCCACAAAAUUUCCCCAAAAGAGGCAAACAAAAUAAAAACCCACACCAAACUUAAAGACAGGAACCCAAAAAGUGGAGAAAAAUUAAAACAGGGAUGUUUUUCUAGAAAUGAAAUGGGGAGAGCCAACUAAAGGUGUUGACCCUCCACAUCUCUCAAGACAACUGGAGCACUGGGCCAGCCUCUCUCUUAAAUAUCACCUGGGCCAGCACAGGUCAAACACCUUCCGAGUAACGAGAUGGACAAGCCAGCACAGGUGUAACUCAUACUGACUAACGAGGUGACACCAAUCGGUGCGCCCUACGUGCUAACGUGCUGUACGUGCUAAAAGUCCAACCUCAAAACAUACAUGGAAAAAACCAAAACCUUUAACAAGGUGAAAACGUUAUGGUGGAAACCCAUCGCUAGGCUGGCUUUCUCUUGGCCCUCAAAUACAUUUUCAUUUCGGGUGCGUUUUCAAACUACGAUUAAAAGUAGUCUCCUCCGUAUUAAUCAUGGAAGGACUUAUUUGCUUUUUUUUUUACUGUGUUUUUGUGUGUCACAAUGACCUCAGUGCAGAUUUAUAUAUUUGUUUUAAUUUCUGAAUAAUCCAAUAAAAUGUGAUUUGAAGGAAAUCACUGAUGCCAGAGAAACUAAACAAACAACAACAAAGAAACCAGUCUGAGUGUUCUAAAGAGGUAGUUGUACAUGAAUGGGUGAUGUCUCUGCGUUGCCAGGGUGAUGUGUGGAUCUGCAUGGAGCUGAUGGACACGUCUCUGGAUAAGUUCUACAAGCAAGUGAUAGAUAAAGGCAUGACCAUCCCUGAAGACAUUUUGGGGAAGAUCAGUGUAGCGGUGAGUGGACACCUGGGUCGUGUUCAUCAGGGCACGCAAUGGAAAACAUUUUAAAAAACGCAUUGCAACCAAAAACUAAAAUGAGUAUUUUGUUAUUGGACCAGGUCCAGGUAGUUCCUCCCUGUUUCAGUUCGUUUUUAUUCUGUUUGUUGCCUAAUGAGCACAACCCUGCAGGGUUACUGAAUUAAUGCUUAUAGCUACAGUAUAACAUGACGAUGACCUCUGUGCAGAUGAUGUAUUUUGUUUUAAUUUCUGAAUAAUCCUGAUGAGAGAAACCACUGAUGCCAGAGAGAAACUAAACAGAACAAAAAAACAGGGAGAAUAUUGAAGUACACUUUCAUAUUGAUAUGAUUUAUAUUGUCAUUUGUAAAUAAAUAAAAUAAAAAAAUAAAUGUACACACCAGGUUGGUAUGACACUGUAUUAGGACCAGUCACACAGCUAGUCCUGUUCCCUCAGGUUAUCUGUCAUUAAAAUCCAGUGUGUGUAACCGUCUCUGUCUCUCUCCAGAUCGUCAAGGCUUUGGAGCAUCUGCAUAACAAACUUUCAGUGAUACACAGAGGUAAAUGAAGGACAAGACUGUGUUAUCCCGCUGAGCUAAAGCCAAGUCAAACAUACAUUUCGCUUGGGGAGCUGGGAGCUAACACAAGUCUUCAGGUCUCGGGCACGGUUGCUCAUCACUCGAUCACCUCCUUUACAUUUUAGUCAUUUAGCAGACGCUCUUAUCCAGAGCGACUUACAGUUAGUGAAUGCUUUACCCAUGCUGAUCUGAAAUGUCCCUUUAUUUUCUUUGCAUUCCACCACGUUUGGGGGGACUAAACUAUUCAUUAUUAUUUUUAAAAAAUCUUUAUUUUUGUAAAUAUGUCCCUUCUUUGUGCAGAUGUGAAACCGUCCAACGUGCUGAUCAACACACAGGGUCAGGUGAAGAUGUGUGACUUUGGCAUCAGCGGCCACCUGGUGGACUCUGUGGCCAAGACCAUGGACGCCGGCUGCAAGCCCUACAUGGCGGUGAGUUGGAAUGGGGAGAGAGAUGGGUGAGCUCUGACACCUUCUCGGCCAUGUUCAGUAAGCACCAGGGUUUUGGUUAGCCGGUAAUGGCCAGCUUUUGGUUUUAAUUUUUUUUGGAGAAUCCCAAAAAUUGCUGUAGCAAAAUAUUGCUUUUUAGCCUGUUCAUGGAUGGAAACCCCAUCGAUGUAAAAGCAUUUGACCGGUCAUGCUUACAGUGCAUUCGUAAAGUAUUCAGACACGUUCCCGUUUUCCACAUUUACAGCCUGAUUUUAAAAUGGAUUCAAUUAAUUUUUUCCCUCAUUGGUCUAUACAUAAUACCCCAUAAUGACAAAUCAAAAACAGGUUUUUAGAAAUGUUUGCAAAUGUAUUACAAAUAAAAAACCGAUACCUUAAUUACAUAAGCAUUCAGACCCUUUGCUAUGAGACUCGAAAUUGAGCUCAGGUGCAUCCUGUUUCCGUUGAUCAUCCUUGAGUCCACUCGUGGUAAAUUGCGCUUCCCAUUUGCCAUUUUAUAUAUGCGACGGUAUAGGUAGGCAUCAGUACGUCACACCACUUUGUAAUGAGCUGGAGGCAGUGUUCAUGUUGAAAACAUACUUACAUGUAACUGUUUGAAACCUGAACGUUUUACUACAUAUUAUGAGACGUCUUACCUUCCUUACAAGGAAAAUCCGAACAUAGAAACGUGGAGGCAAUUAUUUUAUAAGGACUUCCAUUUGCCAUUGAAACCAGUAGCAUAUUUCUCGCAUGUUCUAUUGGUUUUCAAAUCAACUUUCUUUCAUUGUCCAGUAGCCAAAGGCACAAUCCUAGUCAUAUUAGAAACCCAUUCUAGUUGUUGCAUCUUUAGUUCUCCCCUCUCUAAAUUGUUUGUGCGGUGCGCAUUUGACAACAGGGUUUUCAUGCUAAUUGCAUUUUCAAACGAACAGCCGCGUGUAGCUUUCUGCCUUGUGCUCAUUGCUGCGCUAAUAAUGUGAAGAAAUAAUCAUUUAUCAACAUUUUAAGUUAACAUUCUGAUCUGUUGCAUCAGCCUUGUUGUUUUUUUAUGUAGCCUAGGCCUACUGGUUGUAUGAAUUUGGAAUCCUUCGUCCCACAACUGUCCCAGAGUCUGUUUGGAAUAGGCUAUUUCUUUCUCGCACAGAAUGAUAAGCUGACCAAUAGAAUAGGUCAACUUUUCUACUAUGCGGGAUAAUAGAUUGACAUAGGCUAGUGAUUUUGCUGUUAGUUUCUCGUCUUGUUAGCUGAGGAGAAGUAAUGUAACAGUUAUUCUAAGAUCUUCAAAGUGCGCAUCAGAAUUCGGUAAGAAGGACGCACGCCUUCUUGCAUCUUUGAUGUUCUUUUAAGAUGAAUAACCAUAAUCUAAAUGUGAUUUCGGUGGGUGGACGCCCUAAAAUGCGUACAUUUCGUAAGUGUGUACAUUUCAUGUCUGUUAAAUUAAAGUGCUGCCGGUCAAAUGUCCUGCGUAACCCUGGUAGGCACCAUAUGGGAAACGUUUUAGAGAAGUUUGACACGGAAUAAAUGAAAUGAAAUGUCCAUAUUGGACAAGUUAAUGUGGUACUACCUCUUACGUACCGACUGAACACGACCCUGGGUGCAGUCAUGGGUUAGGCAGAUUCCUUUUUCGUGGUCAAGCUGUGCUUGCUAUAUCAUGUUGAUGUGGUUCAUUUACAUUUUACAUUUACGUCAUUUAGCAGACGCUCUUAUCCAGAGCGACUUACAAAUUGGUGCAUUCACCCUAUAGCCAGUGGGAUAACCACUUUACAAAUUUUUUUUGUUUUUUUUGGGGGGGGGUAGAAGGAUUACUUUAUCCUAUCCCAGGUAUUCCUUAAAGAGGUGGGGUUUCAAAUGUCUCCGGAAGGUGGUGAGUGACUCCUGGCGUCAUGAGGGAGCUUGUUCCACCAUUGGGGUGCCAGAGCAGCGAACAGUUUUGACUGGGCUGAGCGGGAACUAUGCUUCCGCAGAGGAAGGGGAGCCAGCAGGCCAGAGGUGGAUGAACGCAAUGCCCUCGUUUGGGUGUAGGGACUGAUCAGAGCCUGAAGGUACGGAGGUGCCGUUCCCCUCACAGCUCCAUAGGCAAGCACCAUGGUCUUGUAACAGAUGCGAGCUUCAACUGGAAGCCAGUGGAGUGUGCGGAGGAGCGGGGUGACGUGAGAGAACUUGGGAAGGUUGAACACCAGACGGGCUGCGGCAUUCUGGAUGAGUUGUAGGGGUUUAAUGGCACAGGCAGGGAGCCCAGCCAACAGCGAGUUGCAGUAAUCCAGACGGGAGAUGACAAGUGCCUGGAUUAGGACCUGUGCCGCUUCCUGUGUAAGGCAGGGUCGUACUCUCCGAAUGUUGUAGAGCAUGAACCUACAGGAUCGGGUCACCGCCUUGAUGUUAGCGGAGAACGACAGGGUGUUGUCCAGGGUCACGCCAAGGCUCUUCGCACUCUGGGAGGAGGACACAACGGAGUUGUCAACCGUGAUGGCGAGAUCAUGGAACGGGCAGUCCUUCCCUGGGAGGAAGAGCAGCUCCGUCUUGCCAGGGUUCAGCUUGAGGUGGUGAUCCGUCAUCCAUACUGAUAUGUCUGCCAGACAUGCAGAGAUGCGAUUCGCCACCUGGUUAUCAGAAGGGGGAAAGGAGAAGAUUAGUUGUGUAUCGUCAGUGUAGCAAUGAUAGGAGAGGCCAUGUGAGGAUAUGACUUGGUGUAUAGCGAGAAUAGGAGAGGGCCUAGAACUGAGCCCUGGGGGACACCAGUGGUGAGAGCACGUGGUGCGGAGACAGCUUCUCGCCACGCCACUUGGUAGGAGCGACCGGUCAGGUAGGACGCAAUCCAAGAGUGAGCCGCGCCGGAGAUGCCCAGCUUGGAGAGGGUGGAGAGGAGGAUCUGAUGGUUCACAGUAUCAAAGGCAGCAGACAGGUCUAGAAGGACAAGAGCAGAGGAGAGAGAGUUAGCUUUAGCAGUGCGGAGAGCCUCCGUGACAGAGAAGAGCAGUCUCAGUUGAAUGACCAGUCCUGAAACCUGACUGGUUUGGAUCAAGAAGGUCAUUCUGAGAGAGAUGGCAAGAGAGUUGGCUAAAGACGGCACGCUCAAUAGUUUUGGAAAGAAAAGAAAGAAGGGAUACUGGUCUGUAGUUGUUGACAUCAGAGGGAUCGAGUGUUGGUUUUUUGAGAAGGGGUGCAACUCUCGCUCUCUUGAAGACGGAAGGGACAUAGCCAGCGGUCAAGGAUGAGUUGAUCAGCGAGGUGAGGUAGGGGAGAAGGUCACCGGAGAUGGUCUGGAGAAGAGAGGAGGGGAUAGGGUUAAGCGGGCAGGUUGUUGGGCGGCCUGCAGUCACAAGUCGCAAGAUUUUAUCUGGAGAGAGAGGUUCCUGAGAUGCUAAAAGUGAUUAUGACCUCUGUGUUUUAAUUUCUGAAUAAUCCUGAUGAAAGAAACAACUUAUGCCAGAGAGAAACUAAACUGAACAAAAAAACAUGGAGCUUGUGCUGAAGAGGUAGUUGAACAGCGAUAGUGAGUAGGAACGGGAAGAGAAAGAGAGGUGGCUCUUACACCGUCUGGGCCACAUUCAGUAGGCACCACAUGGAAAACGUCUAACACAACAAAAAUACUUAACACGACCCAUUCAGCUCCCAAUUAAAUAGGAUUGGUGCUGGUUGUGUUGACCUCAUUGUUAUAUGUUAUUGUGCUAUUCUUAUCCUAUGUUAUGGCGCUGAUGUCAAUGUAAUGGUGGUCAUAGUGUUUUCUCUGUUUCAGCCAGAACGGAUAAACCCUGACCUCAACCAGAAAGGCUACAGCGUCAAGUCAGACAUCUGGAGUCUAGGAAUCACAAUGGUGAGUCACAGACAUGAUUGGGACCAAAUCUUGGAUUGAGAUGACGUAAACUGUGCAUUAACGUCAAAUUACAUCCAUUCAUCUCAAAUCGGCAAUCUACCAGAAACAACCACACCAAUUCUAUCAACAGCAGGGUCAUGUUCAUUAGGCACCAAACAGAAGAAAAUGGGACUGAAACGGGGAGGGGCUACCUGAAUUGAUGUUAUUGUAUUCUGUUGCAACAUUAGUUUUACGGUGUACCCUAAUGAAUACAACCCUGGUCUGAGUGAUGAUUCUACUGUGUUGUCUCGUGUGACGAUAAAUACCAGGCUCCAUAGUUGAAAGAUGAGCUCCUGCCUGCUUCUCUCUGUGGGUUAACAAACCUCUGUCAUUCUGUCUGGUCUUCUCCCCCCUGCCCCAGAUUGAGCUGGCCAUUUUGAAGUUCCCCUACGACUCGUGGGGUACACCCUUCCAGCAACUGAAGCAGGUAGUGGAUGAGCCCUCUCCACAGCUGCCCUCGGACCGCUUCUCCCCUGAGUUUGUGGACUUCAGCUCCCAAUGGUGAGCCCAUCUCUCUCUCCCUGUGUGCGUUCCAAAUGGCACCCUCUUCCCUAUAUAGUAUGGAUGGGCAUGAGCACUCGAACAGACGUCAAAACGUGCUUUUUAACCAGAGAUCCAUUUUAUUUUUAUAUAUAUAUAUAUAUAUACUGUAAAACUAUUUGGUGGAAUGGUUCCACACUGAAAAUAUACAAAAACAUUAAUUUAAAAAAGACAACGAGCUGUAUUUUCAUCAGAAUCAUUUAAGCCUAAACCUACUAAACCAAACUGAUGUUGUGGCUGUAAUUCAUCACUGUGCGCAGUGUUCAAUGUGGAAUUGUUAAUCCGUUCAGAAAAUUCCAAAGAACAGGCAGAGUAACCUAAAUCGAAAGUCUGUAGGCCUAUAUCGUAAAGCCAGAUUUUGGUUUGUAACCCUGAAGAAAUUGUAUUUCAACGUGCCAAACUAAGCCCCGUUUCAAAUUAUCACUCUUUGAGAAUAACUGUUCCAGAGGCCAUCACUUAUCACUUCGCACUGGCAACAUUUUUCAUUUGGAAAAAUAUUCUGUUCUGUUUUAUUGUGUUAUAUUAUAUCAUGUUUUUUGCGGUAAAAUAGGUGUCUUGACUGAUAAGUGCUCAGGAAAUUACCGUAUUUUCCGCACUAUAAGGCGCACUUUCAAUGAAUGGCCUAUUUUAGAACUGUUUUCAUAUAUAGGGCGCACCGGAUUAUAAGGCGCAUAGAAUAGAAGAUACUGCAGUCAAACGUUUGACUGGGGUUGCGUUAUGCAUCCACUAGAUGGAGCUGUGCUAAAGGGAAUGUCAACAAAACAGUCAGAUAAAGUCAAACUUUAUUAAGCGUUCUGACAACAAUUUUGGGGUCUUUAUACACACACAAGUGGUGUGGGACUGUGAGUAAGCACAGUACCGGUGUUUACUGACUACGGUAGCCGUAAUGCUGCAUGCGGUGCGGCUUUGUAGUUUACCAGUCGUACUGAAACAUUUCAUUAUUAUUAAAUUGGUUUUAUUGGUUUUUCAUACUGAAACAUUUUGACAGAGCGCCUUGAGCGCCGUGUACAACCAGUAUGGAUCAACCAAUUAACCAAUUGAUCCAUAUAUAAGGCGCUCCGGAUUAUAAGGCACACUGUCGUUUUUUUUAGAAAAUUAAAGGCUUUUAAGUGCGCCUUAUAGUGCGGAAAAUACGGUAACAAAACAAGGCUAUGCCAUUGCAAAGCCAUAGGCUUGUACAAGCAAGCGCCACUGCUGAGGUUACUACCUUUUUGAAGAUUGUGUUCCACAAUAUAAUAUAACCAGUUGAUAUUAUUGUUUCAAGAAAUGAAUCUUAAAUGGCAAUAGUUUUUUUUUUUAUUGAGUGUGUGUAUGUGUACAGUGGGGAGAACAAGUAUUUGAUACACUGCCGAUUUUGCAGGUUUUCCUACUUACAAAGCAUGUAGAGGUCUGUAAUUUUUAUCAUAGGUACACUUCAACUGUGAGACGGAAUCUAAAACAAAAAUCCAGAAAAUCACAUUGUAUGAUUUUAAAGUAAUUGAUUUGCAUUUUAUUGCAUGACAGAAGUAUUUGAUACAUCAGAAAAGCAGAACUUAAUAUUUGGUACAGAAACCUUUGUUUGCAAUUACAGAGAUCAUACGUUUCCUGUAGGUCUUGACCAGGUUUGCACACACUGCAGCAGGAAUUUUUGGAUUUUGACUUCUCCAGAUCCUUCAGGUUUCGGGGCUGUUGCUGGGCAAUACAGACUUUCAGCUCCCUCCAAAGAUUUUCUAUUGGGUUCAGGUCUGGAGACUGGCUAGGCCACUCCAGGACCUUGAGAUGCUUCUUACGGAGCCACUCCUUAGUUGUCCUGGCUGUGUGUUUCGGGUCGUUGUCAUGUUGGAAGACCCAGCCACGACCCAUCUUCAAUGCUCUUACUGAGGGAAGGAGGUUGUUGGCCAAGAUCUCGCGAUACAUGGCCCCAUCCAUCCUCCCCUCAAUACGGUGCAGUCGUCCUGUCCCCUUUGCAGAAAAGCAUCCCCAAAGAAUGAUGUUUCCACCUCCAUGCUUCACGGUUGGGAUGGUGUUCUUGGGGUUGUACUCAUCCUUCUUCUUCCUCCAAACACGGUGAGUGGAGUUUAGACCAAAAAGCUUUAUUUUUAGCUCAUCAGACCACAUGACCUUCUCCCAUUCCUCCUCUGGAUCAUCCAGAUGGUCAUUGGCAAACUUCAGACGGGCCUGGACAUGCGCUGGCUUGAGCAGGGGGACCUUGCGUGCGCUGCAGGAUUUUAAUCCAUGACGGCGUAGUGUGUUACUAAUGGUUUUCUUUGAGACUGUGGUCCCAGCUCUCUUCAGGUCAUUGACCAGGUCCUGCCAUGUAGUUCUGGGCUGAUCCCUCACCUUCCUCAUGAUCAUUGAUGCCCCACGAGGUGAGAUCUUGCAUGGAGCCCCAGACCGAGGGUGAUUGACCGUCAUCUUGAACUUCUUCCAUUUUCUAAUAAUUGCGCCAACAGUUGUUGCCUUCUCACCAAGCUGCCUGCCUAUUGUCCUGUAGCCCAUCCCAGCCUUGUGCAGGUCUACAAUUUUAUCCCUGAUGUCCUUACACAGCUCUCUGGUCUUGGCCGUUGUGGAGAGGUUGGAGUCUGUUUGAUUGAAUGUGUGGACAGGUGUCUUUUUAUACAGGUAACGAGUUCAAACAGGUGCAGUUAAUAUAGGUAAUGAGUGGAGAACAGGAGGGCUUCUUAAAGAAAAACUAACAGGUCUGUGAGAGCCAGUAUUCUUACUGGUUGGUAGGUGAUCAAAUACUUAUGUGAUGCAAUAAAAUGCAAAUUAAUUACUUAAAAAUCAUACAAUGUGAUUUUCUGGAUUUUUUCUGGAAAUUACAGACCUCUACAUGCUUUGUAAGUAGGAAAACCUGCAAAAUCGGCAGUGUAUCAAAUACUUGUUCUCCCCACUGUACAUACAGUGGGGAAAAAAAGUAUUUAGUCAGCCACCAAUUGUGCAAGUUCUCCCACUAAAAAAGAUGAGAGGCCUGUAAUUUUCAUCAUAGGUACACGUCAACUAUGACAGACAAAAUGAGAUUUUCUUCUCCAGAAAAUGACAUUGUAGGAUUUUUAAUGAAUUUAUUUGCAAAUUAUGUUGGAAAAUAAGUAUUUGGUCAAUAACAAAAGUUUCUCAAUACUUUGUUAUAUACCCUUUGUUGGCAAUGACACAGGUCAAACGUUUUCUGUAAGUCUUCACAAGGUUUUCACACACUGUUGCUGGUAUUUUGGCCCAUUCCUCCAUGCAGAUCUCCUCUAGAGCAGUGAUGUUUUGGGGCUGUCGCUGGGCAACACGGACUUUCAACUCCCUCCAAAGGUUUUCUAUGGGGUUGAGAUCUGGAGACUGGCUAGGCCACUCCAGGACCUUGAAAUGCUUACUCCUUCGUUGCCCGGGCGGUGUGUUUGGGAAUCAUUGUCAUGCUGAAAGACCCAGCCACGUUUCAUCUUCAAUGCCCUUGCUGAUGGAAGGAGGUUUUCACUCAAAAUCUCACGAUACAUGGCCCCAUUCAUUCUUUCCUUUACACGGAUCAGUCGUCCUGGUCCCUUUGCAGAAAAUCAGCCCCAAAGCAUGAUGUUUCCACCCCCAUGCUUCACAGUAGGUAUGGUGUUCUUUGGAUGCAACUCAGCAUUCUUUGUCCUCCAAACACGACGAGUUGAGUUUUGACCAAAAAGUUAUAUUUUGGUUUCAUCUGACCAUAUGACAUUCUCCCAAUCCUCUUCUGGAUCAUCCAAAUGCACUCUAGCAAACUUCAGACGGGCCUGGACAUGUACUGGCUUAAGCAGGGGGACACGUCUGGCACUGCUAAUAAUUGCUCCCACAGUUGAUUUCUUCAAACCAAGCUGCUUACCUAUUGCAGAUUCAGUCUUCCCAGCCUGGUGCAGGUCUACAAUUUUGUUUCUGGUGUCCUUUGACAGCUCUUUGGUCUUGGCCAUAGUGGAAUUUGGAGUGUGACUGUUUGAGGUUGUGGACAGGUGUCUUUUAUACUGAUAACAAGUUCAAACAGGUGCCAUUAAUACAGGUAAUGAGUGGAGGACAGAGGAGCCUCUUAAAGAAGAAGUUACAGGUCUGUGAGAGCCAGAAAUCUUGCUUGUUUGUAGGUGACCAAAUACUUAUUUUCCACCAUAAUUUGCAAAUAAAUUCAUUAAAAAUCCUACAAUGUGAUUUUCUGGAUUUUUUUUCUUCUCAAUUUGUCUGUCAUAGUUGACGUGUACCUAUGAUGAAAAUUACAGGCCUCUCUCAUCUUUUUAAGUGGGAGAACUUGCACAAUUGGUGGCUGACUAAAUACUUUUUUCCCCCACUGCACGCACACACAUUUUUUUCCAAUGCGGGCCUUGCCCAUGUGUUCUAAAAGUAGAUUUCUUUACAUUCUGAGUACGCUGAAAAAAAAUCAUGCGAGUACUCGGAACAGUGAAAGAUGUUGAAAUGACCAUCCCUACUAUUUAGUGCACUACCUUUGACCAGGAUCUAUAGGAGAAGAGUUUACGGCCCUGGUCAAAAGUAGUGCACUAUAUAGGGAAUAGGGUGUCAUCCUGGUCAAAAGUAGUGCACUAAAUAGGGAAUAGGGUGUUAUUUGGGAUGCUGCCUAUCUGUGGCCUUACUGAUGAGGCAGUGGAACCAAAUACCACCAGGUGGCACUGCCCUGCUGUCCUCUCCCUGUGGGUCCCCUUCAGCCUGUGCAUCUCUGACUGCUACAACAUAUGAAUGUGGUUGGUGAGACUGAUUGUGGGACUUCCUGGUUAAAUAACUAAAUAGAAACAUUAAAGCCUUCUCCAGGCGUAAUCAGAUCUGAUUAUCUGCCCAGUGUGAAUGUGACCUGGAAAAAUAGACUACCUGGAAAUAAAUCCACCUAAAUCUUGGGGGACAAUCCAGUUGUCCUGACCUAGUUCCACCUUGGCCCGCUCUAUAAAUGUAUUCCUGUUGCUUUCAUGUACUCUUUUGUGGUAAGUUUAUCUGGUGUAAAUGUGUUUUGGUGUACUUAGGGUUGCAUAAUUACAGCAACCUUCCCAGGUUGGAGGAUUCUGGAUUUCCUGCUUAUUCCUUCCUGAUUAUGGGAAUUUUAGGGAAGUUAUCAGAAUAUUGCAACCUUAUGUGUACUAAAUCAUAGGUUGAACCAGAGGACAGGAUCCUCAAAGAUGUUUAGAUGUGUUGGGGGCUCUUACUAAAGGUGUAUUGUAAGAAGUGUCCAGUAUUGAGGUCUGUUUCUCAGUUCUUUGUUUUGUUUUGUCUCUGCAGCUUAAGAAAGAAACCCAACGAGAGACCCGCCUACACAGAAUUAAUGGUUGGUUUUAGAUCCUCAUAAGCAUUUGUUUCUAUCCGUGACCGGUGAAUAUGUUGUUUUUCUCUCUUCAUUCAUGCCGUCUUUGUAAAGGCUCACUUCCUGCUCCGUUUCCUCUGUCAUGUGUCCACAAGAGGACAGGCUUACCCAAGUGAUUAGUCAAACCAUGAUGAUGAUGAUGUAUUCUUGUAUACACAACGCAUGUUUAAAUCCUGUGUGUAAAUGUUUCUGUUGGACUACACUUAUUUUAGGAGUUGUUGACUCAUGGUGUUUUUCUCAUGUAUUUCUUUUUACAGCAACAUCCCUUUUUCACCCUGCAUGACUCCAAAGAAACGGACGUAGCCAGCUUUGUCAAGAUCAUCCUGGCAGACUGACACGCCCCUCCACCCACCAGGGUAGGAGGUAGGUGGGACUUCUCCACCCACCCACCAAUCCCAGGCCUUUCAGAAAGCUCACUGGAAAUGAUCUGCCACACAACUCCAACUUUCUGUCCACCUACCUACCCCACAACAGAGGGGUUUUCCCGAAAGACUGACUACAGCUCACAGAGGCCAUGUGGGAGAGCGCUUGUAAUAUGAACUCAAGAUAUUGAUGUUGUCCACCCAAACUGGAGAGGGUCAACUCGCCCACGGAUCCAACAACCCCUUCCCUUCCUCUACUCCUACAAACUGAACUGAAUCAAACUCCUCACUGUACCAGUUUUCUGAAUGGACAGUGUCAGCAGAAAGUAAAUCUCUCGUUACACAUACUGUAUGUUCCUCACUCUGAAUUACACAAAGAGAAAAAUCGUUCGAUAAAAUGUGUACGUCUCUGUAUAAUUAAUUGAAAAAAUAUAUUUAGCAUUUAUGCCUUUAUUUUUCUGAUACAGUUUGUAAUACUGUAUAUUUUCAUCAAGUAUGAAUUAGCAAGGAAGUGUCUUUACUCUUUCUGAAUCCUAGCAUGAGGUGACCUACAUUUCUCGUCUCACCUUCUGGUGAUUGGUCGGUCAGUGACUGGACGGCAGCAGCUGUCUUCGGGCAGGGUUUGGGGAGGCUCUGGAGGGGUCAGACGAAGUAAGUUUCUUCUUGGGUAAAGUUCAAAGGUGAAAGCGUGACAGGGGGCCCUGGACAAAAGGAAUUGCAAGUCCUACCUAGGAGUCUUUUGUGGCAUGGGAAUGCGAGGCAUCCGAUAUCAUCUGACCUCAAAGACAUGCCCCUAUAUGCAACCCCCACACCCCUCUGCCCCGCCCCUUCCUAAACUCUCUCACCCAUCUGUACACACCCCUCUGCCUCGCCCCUUCCUAACCAUCGCACCCUGCUCUGUCACCAAGAGUGUUGUGAAGAGUGUAUUCUCGUAUAGUACAUGGUGAUGUAAUUGGGGAAUGAUUCUCUUAACUAUCCAGACUAUACUGCAUCUAUCUUCCAGUCCCUCUGAGCCAUUUCAAAUAUGUAUUUUCAUUAUGAAUUAUUAUUACCUUGGUUUCCUGGAUGUGGUCGGGGGCUGCUGUUUGACACGUUUAAUUAUUAUAAUAAUUUUUUUCAUUUCCUUUUCCUGAGUGCAGGACAGGAGCAUGUCAGUAUCGUGUUUCGCCCCCAAAGCACUUAUGUUAACAGAGAGGUCUACGAAGCCUCAUGCCUUACACGUACAGUAUGUUAGGGGAAAUAAUUUAUGUGUGUUGAAGAUGUAAAUACUAUUUUGGACAACUUUUUCUCUUUUAAAUGUAACGUUGGCGAUGUGGCGGCAGAGUGGACGUGUACUCGUGCGCUAUGCGGCUGAUUGAUGUGUACUCGUUAGUUUUAAUGCAGUCGGUGUGUGAGAGAGGUAAACGCAGCCCGCUGACUCCUGUACUCGUCCGUCUGUUUGAUCGAUGAGCUGCUGC